AUGGACGCCUUCCAGCGGCCGCCAACCCGCGACUCGUGGUUCGCGCCCUUCUCCGUUGACCUUGUCCUCAAGGUCCUCUAUGUCACCUUCCUGCACCCAUUUGUGGCCUGGAUCGUCGUUCUGUGCUUCCGCGCCGAGCACAUGGAGUGGACUGCCAUGCCGAUCCGCGCCGCCUCGAUCUAUGCCUCUGUCGUAACGGCAGGCUGGGUUCUAAGCGCAAUCAACCGGCGCAUUGCCUUUGGCCAGCCGCGGACGGUCGACUUGAGCGAGGAGGUCAUUGUCAUUACUGGUGGCGCAAGCGGUCUUGGACUGCUGAUCGCCGAGGUCUACGGUAUGCGCGGCGCGACUGUCGCCGUGCUGGACGUCAAGGAAAUGGAGAAUGGCGAGGCCCGCGGUGUCACUUACUACAAGUGCGAUAUUACAGACAAGGACCAAGUCAUCAAGGCGGCUGCCGACAUUGAGAGAGAUCUUGGCCCGCCCACCGUGCUGAUCAACAACGCUGCCGUUGUCAAUGGAAAGCGUCUGCUUGACCUCGAUUACGCCGAGAUCGAUCGCACCCUGUUCACCAACCUCGCCUCGAACUUCUACACUCUCAAGGCCUUUAUCCCCGGCAUUGCACGGAGCGGCCUUGGAGGCACGAUCGUCACCAUUACCAGUGUUCUCGGCGAGCUCGGUGCUGUACAGCUGUCUGACUAUGCUGCCUCCAAGGCCGGCCUGUCUGCCCUGCAUCGCUCCCUAACCGCCGAACUCAAGACAAGCCACCCGGACAUCCGCACGGUGCUCGUCACCCUCGGCCAGCUCAGCACGCCGCUCUUCUACGGCGUGCAAACACCCAGCUCCUUCUUCGCGCCCGUCGUGGAGCCUGUCGACGUUGCCAAGGACAUUAUCAGCGCAAUUGACAGCGGCCGCGCCGAGUCCAUUGGUAUGCCACUCUACGCGCGCUGGGUGUCCUGGUACCACGUGCUGCCGUUGAGCCUUCAGCAGCUUGCACGGUGGGCAUCUGGUAUUGACACAGCCAUGGCGACCUUUGUUGGCCGGAAUGCGGCCGCGGCGAGCAAGGCGCAGCAGUCGGAGAAGCAGGCUGUUCUGAUCGAGACUUCAUAG